AUGACAUUUGGCAAGUUCAUAGCCGUCAUCAUCCAGAACUACACGCUACUAGAGACGUCAAUAGGCGCUGUUACCUGGUUAAAGACAUUCAGCGAGUCCACGCCUAUCGAAGAUCCCUCAGGUGAGCACACUGGGCCUCCCUCAUCUUGGCCAGAUAGGGGUGUCAUCAACACAGCCGACCGUGAAAAGGGCGGCGUGCUCAUCCUGGAUGACUUCAGCAGUAGCUUGGAUGUUGAUACCGACAAGUUGAUGCAGGAGAUUGUUCUGCACGAGUUUGGCGGGUAUACGAUAAUAAUGGUAAGCCAUCGACUUGAGAUGACCAUGCGCUCAACCAAGUCGUUGUCCUGGACAAACGGUCUGUGA